AUGGCUGACGAAGUAAUGGAAGUGGACGUAAAGCAAUCCUCUAAAGAAAACAUUCCUUGGUUUGUUUAUUACUGUUCUUAUGCUUUUAAAGGUUUUGAAUUAUAUUUUCCAGGAAUAUAUAGAUACUGUUUGUAAAAAGCAUUUAUAUAGCAAUUUAAUUUUUCAGGGUGGAAAAGUACAGACCAAGAACAUUGGACGAUGUCUGCUGUUAUCCAACAAGUCUUAAAAGGUUCAAGUACUUUGCACAACAUGGAAAUGUGCCUCAUUUGAUUCUUGCUGUAAGUUUUUAUUAGAGUUUAUAUUUUUAGGUCGAAUUAAAUUGAGGACAUUAGUUUAACUGUAAUAUCAAGAAGAUAUUCUCUAAUGACACUUUUAGGGGCCGCCAGGGAUUGGCAAGACAACCACUAUUCAUGCCAUGGCCAGAGACAUGCUUGGGCCUUUGUAUUCAAAGGCUGUGCUUGAGUUGAAUGCUUCAGACGAAAGAGGUAUUGAUGUUGUUAGACAGAGGAUCAAGAACUUUGCCGAAACUCAUGUUACUUUACCGGCUGGCAAACACAAGAUUAUUGUGCUGGACGAGGCUGACAGUAUGACGGAAGGUGCACAACAAGCUUUGAGAAGAAUCAUGGAGAACUAUUCGAAUACUACAAGGUUUAUGUUGGCUUGUAAUCAAAGUGACAAGGUUAUUGGUGGGUAUUAUUUGUUUUUAGGUAUAAAGAGCAUGAAUGUUUUGUCAAUUCUGUAAAAUUAUCGCUUUAACUUUAGUUUUUAUAAUGUUUUAUUACAGAACCAAUCCAAAGUAGAUGUGCAAUUGUAAAGUAUGGUAGAUUGAACAAAGAGCUGAUGCUUAAAGGCAUUAAACGUGUGGCUGAUGCUGAAAAAGUGCAAUAUACAGAGGAUGGUCUUGAAGCUAUCUACCAAACAAGUUGUGGAGAUCUCAGAAGUGUAAGUUUAAAUUUUAUUUUGAGUUUGUAAUUUUUAUGUAUACUAAUAUUUAUGUAUAAAAUAUUGUUUUACUAAAGGGUUUAUCUCUACCUUUUAGGCAGUAAAUAACCUCCAAUGCACAGCCUCGGGUUAUGGAAGAGUGACAGCAGAUGUUGUGUACAAAGUUUGCGACGAACCAAUGCCAGAUGACAUUGUCAACUUCUUCCAGCGAUGUCAAACAGCUCAGUUCAAGUUGGCCGUUCAAUACCUGGAGAAGCUGCGUCGUGACGGAUAUGCUUUUACAGACAUUGUGUCAGUUCUGAGUAGAACGUUGAUGAGAGUAGACAUUCCUGAGGUAUUGAAGUACGAGUAUUACAAAGUAAGCUUUUUUGCAUACCGAAUUUAUAGAUAACAAGUUUAUAACAUAUUAUUCAUCUUGUAAAUUGGUGUUUUUGUCAGAAAAAUAGUAAAUUAGGUACAAAGUUAGAUGCUAUGUUAUCUUAUGACCAAAAAAGACUGAUGCUACUAUGACAUAUAGUACUGUUGGUGUAACUUUUAUCGGUCUAUAUUAAAAAGGGUUUGUGAUAAGGUGGGUUGUACUAAAGGCGGUCAACUUUAUCAGAUAGCUCUCCCACAAUUGUAAUUACAAUAUAUGUAAUAAAAUAAAUGUAAAAACUUCUUUUCUCAACUUGAUGACAUUUUGUAUUGCAGAUAAUCGGACUUUCUCACAUGGACGCUCUGAAAGGUAACGAUGGCAAACUACAGCUUUACUCUUUGGCCGCUCAGUUGUGCACUGCGACAGAAAACAUUAAUAAAUAA